AGAAAUUCUGUGACGAGUAUUAAGUGGAUAAUUGAUUUGUCUUUGUUUUCGUAAUAAUAUUACUUACACAUCUGUGCAUUUUUGAUUGGUGAUCACCUGUUCUAAUAAAUUCGUCACAGGUCCAUUAUUAAUUUAUCACAACAUUGACAUAUUGAUUACAUACAAACUGCUUUAAAUUAAGCAAUCUUUAUUAUAAUUAAUCGCGACGUAUUUUGGUGUAUAUUAAAUAUGGCUGAAAAAUACAAUACAAAAUGCCCUGGUGUAAAACGCCUUAUGCGAGAGGCCAUUGAAUUAGCUGAAGCUACCGAAGAAUAUUGUGCAAGACCCCUAGAAGAUAAUUUAUUUGAGUGGCACUUUACAGUCCGCGGCCCUAGAGGAACCGAUUUCGAAGAUGGUAUUUAUCACGGUAGGAUAUUAUUGCCAAAAGAAUAUCCUAUGCACCCUCCACAUAUUAUUCUACUAACACCAAAUGGAAGGUUUGAAGUAAACAAAAAAAUUUGCUUAUCGAUUUCCGGCCAUCAUCCAGAGACUUGGCAACCAUCAUGGUCAAUAAGGACAGCAUUAUUGGCACUAAUUGCUUUUAUGCCUACACCUGCUGAAGGAACGAUUGGCUCCUUAGACUAUUCUCCUGCAGAACGAAAGAUUCUUGCAAAAAAGUCAAGCAACUGGGUGUGCCCUCAAUGUGGUCAAAUCGCUGAUUUGCUGUCUUCUACUGCUGCAAAACCCUUAACUGAAGAAGAGCAAACAGUUUUAAACCAAAUUGCAUUUAAAGGAGAAGAGGAGCAAGCACAAAAACCUCUUGGGGAACCCAUUUUUGAGCCUCAAGACAUACAGUAUACCCAACAGGUUUUGGAAUCCUCAGAUUCUGAAAUAAGCUUCUUAGAUCAUUUGAUCGAAAUCCUUAUAGCUCUAUUGAUUGGAGCAAUAGGAAUAUUUAUAUAUAGGCGUUGGAAUGCUUUUGCUGAUUCAGAAUUGUAAAUUAAAUAGUAUGUGUUUCAUAAAUAAAAUAUAUAUACACAUAAUCACAUGGUAUGAAUAAUAAAAUGAAUUUAUUUUAAAGCAUAUAAUUAAUCAAAGUAAUAAGUGAAAUAUUUGGGUCCCUUAGAGAAAAAUUAUCAUAAAAAUUUCAAAUUUAUUUUUUAAAAAGAUGGUAUGGUAUUGAACUGUUUAAGUAGACAACCAUUACAAAAACACAUCUUGUCUCAUUAUUUUAAAUCAUCAACAUUGUUUAAACGUUAUAUUUUAGUUAAAUGCUUCCAUUAUUAUUAUUUACUUUAUCAAGAGGCUGCAAUUAUUGUAUGUGGUGUUCCAAAAUUUUUGCUUGAUAAUUUACAUAUAUCAACUUAACAGCUAUUUAUUAAUUUGUGGAACAAUCAAUUGAAAGCAACUGAAUAUGCAUAAAUAUGGUUUAUUUAUCAUAAUAGCAUGUGUAAAUUAAAAUGAUGGCUACUUGUAGGCUGUAUAUAUUUUAGUAUUUUAUAUGAAUGUUACAAUACAAACACUUUGUAUAUUAUUCAACUUGUGAAAACUUGGUCUUUUUGCAAUACUAUUUAUUUUAUAGAAAUUUUAUUUAAUAAUUGUGUAACUAACAAAGUUAUAUUUUGUUUACUUCAAGUACAUAAAGUAUUUUUAUUUUAUGUAUAAUUAGUGUCAAAAAUGAACGUAAGAAUUCAGUUUAUACUUUAUAGUGUAUCAAGUGAUAAAAACAAAUUAAAGCAUUAUUUUCUAAAACUUAUUUUGGCUUAUAAAAUGUUUGAAAUGUUAUUUCUAGUCUUUUUGUGAAAUAUAAACAUUGCCUAGUAUUCAUGGAUAAGGGUAAAGCUAAGAAAUACUUUUAAUUGUAAAUAAUAAUCUUAUCCUUUUGUCAAUUUUUGCUUUUUAAACACAAACCAUUAAUUAGUGAAUGAUGAUUGUGGAAACAUUCCAAAAACUUAGCUAUGAUAUAAAUAUACUAGAUUAUUAUUGGUGACAUUAUUAAGAAAUUAAAUCAACAUUAAUAUUAUGAUUAUUGUAGAUUCUUGUAUAUUACAUAAUGUAGAAUUUAUUUAUGUUUAAAAAUUUGAAGCACUUGUUAUUAUAUAUUCAUAAAGUUUGUAAAUU